AUGGUCCAUUUGAAUUUAAAAUGGUGCCAUUUUACUAUUUUCUUACUGAUAAUUCUAAUUUUCACUGAAAGAGCUUCAUCUCAAUUCUCGACUGUUACUUGUUAUGAAUGCACAAAUUGCACUGAUCCAUUCUUAUCCACUAGUAGUUCAGUUUCUACUACAUCAUCAUGUAAUGCAUGCUAUAAAAUGACAGUUACUAUUGCAUAUGCUCCUUAUAUUUAUGUACUUAGAAAAUGUGUUGCAGCUUGUAUUGAAACCUCUCAAACAUUUGGCGGAGGAUCAGUAACAAGCAAUUGUUGUGCUGCCAAUCUUUGUAAUGGAAGUUCAACGAUAAAAUUUUCAACCCCGUCGUGUCUUUUACUUUUAAUAUUUAUCGUUUUAAAUUUUAUAAGAAGCGUUUUUUAA